UCUCUUCAACAUAUUUGCUUGGGUCUCAUGAAGUCACGUGAACACCUUUCAGACCUCUCUUUCCCUUAAGACUCUUUUAAAAGAGUUUUACCUUCCUACUGAUUAUGCCCUUUGAGCCCCUUUUUUGUUUUUACUUCAAUCCCUCCUUCCCUCAUCUCAUAUCUUGUCCUUCUUUGCUGGACUACAAGAAUAGAACUGUUCUUUGCUCUCCCUCUCUCUCUCUCUCUCUCUCUAUCUAUCUAUCUAUCUCUAGUUGAUCUCUUCCUCCAUGAAUCCAGGUGUUUAUCUGAUUAAUCCACCACCCUCUCCAUUUCCUCUUAUAGAGCCCAAUGAGGAUCAACACCUUCAAUUCUUUAGUCCAUCAUCUGAAGGUUCUUCUUCUUCUCUCUCAAAUUCUAUUUUCUUAAACCCAACUCAAGAGCAAGGAGGAAGUUAUGAUAAAGAAGAACACCAACAACAAGAAGAGGUCAAAAAGUAUGUUUUACAAGGUGGAUCAAGUGAUCAUCAUCAUGUGUUCCUUCAAUCUACUUCACUUCCCACUGUGGAGAAUGGCCUUAACAACAACAGCUUAGAAGGAGAUGAUAGAGAUCAUGAGAAUCAAAAUAAUGGUGGACCAGUUAAAUGGAUGUCUUCAAAGAUGAGAUUGAUGAGGAAGAUGAUGAAUUCAUAUCAAACAGGUGAAGAUAAACAAGUGAGUAAUGGACAGAAGUUUCAAGAUCAUCAGCAACCAUUAGACACAGUUAGGGUUUGCAGUGACUGUAACACUACUAAGACCCCUCUUUGGAGGAGUGGCCCAAGAGGUCCCAAGUCGCUUUGCAACGCCUGUGGAAUUCGACAACGGAAGGCAAGACGUGCCAUGGCGGCGGCAGCAGCAAGCGGCGGAGUUCUUGUGAAUGGAACAUCAACUAUGAGGCCAAAGGUGCAUCACAAGGAGAAGAGAUCAGAAUCAGAUAAAGGGUAUGUCCAGCAAUACAAGAAACAGUGCAAACUCACAGACACUCAUAGCAGAAAGAAGAAGCUUUGUUUUGAAGACUUCACUAUCAAUUUGAGUAAAAAUUCAGCUUUUCAUCAAGUGUUCCCACAAGAUGAGAAGGAAGCUGCAAUCCUGCUAAUGGCUUUAUCUUGUGGUCUUGUUCAUAGUUGAAUGCUUGAAUCUCUUCAUCCACCUUCUCUAUUUCUUGGGUUUUAAUUAGGUGUUUGUUUGUCUUGCUUUAAUUCCCUAUUAAUUAUUAUGAUAGGAAAAUUGUGUGUGUCACUGUGGUAGAGAGAGAGAUUAAUGGAGUAAGAUAGAACAUUAUUAAGAUCAGGAGAGGUACCCAAAUUAAACCAAUAAAAACAGGAUUUUUUUUUUCUUCUUCCUUUGUUUGAGUGAUCUCUUGAGUUUAUGGGGCAGGAUUUUUUUUUCUUCUUCUUCCUUUGUUUGAGUGAUCUUUUGAGUUUGUGGUAGAUUUGAGUUGUCUCCUGUUCAUGAAUAGUCAAUUUCCAUAGAGAAUGUAAUAAAUUAUCUAGAUUUGUCAGCC